UCCUGCUCAGCUUCAUGAUCCAACACCAUUCCUGCUAAGGCAGACACAUUGUGUCUUCUCUCCAUCAAGCCAGGAACAUCUUUUCAAAUGGCAGUUUCUCAGAUCACUCUGUGGAGAUUCAUUUCUGGGGCCUUGGGAGUAAUAUGCCUUUUGUUGAUGGCUACUUUGGGAAUUUUGCUGAAAAUUUCAUAUACUAAAAAAACUAUCCAACCAACAUUCUCUCCAGGAUCUAUGAUAGAACUCCAAGAAGUGUCUGACUGCUGCUCUUGCCCAGAAAAGUGGAUUGGGCAUCAGUGCCACUGUUAUUUCAUUUCUAAUGAAAGAAAAACUUGGAACGAAAGUUUCCAUUUUUGUGCUGCUCAGAAUUCCAGUCUACUUCAGCUCCAAAACAGAGAUGAAUUGCAGGUUUUCAUGAACUCCUCUCACUCCUUUUUUUGGAUUGGACUCUCCUAUAGUGAAGAACAUGGUGCCUGGUUGUGGAAGGAUGGCUCAUCUCCCAAUCAGGAUCUAUUUCCAUCAUCAGAAACUUUAAAUCCAAAGUCCUGCAUAGCAUAUAAUCCAAAGCAAAAUAUUUUGGAUGAACCCUGUGAAAAUACAAAUGGCUUUAUCUGUAAGAAAUAACUUAGUUAACUGUUUCUUGAGGUGGUGAGGUUGGACAGUAAAGGUCCAGGCUUGCAAAGAAUGGUAUCUUUACCUCUAAUUUUUUAAAAAUCUACUUCUGGAGCCUAUAAAAUGUUUUCAAUUAUAUUUUAUCAUACAAUUUUUAUGUAUUUGAAACCACGUAUUUUAAAAUUGAUGGAAUUUGAACAUCCACA